GGAAGUACAACAAAGCAAAUCAUCUGACAAACAAAAGCCUCAGGAAGUCGCAUGCUCCGCUACGAGAGGAAAAAGAGGAAUUCCCUACUUUGAAGAUGACACAAGAGAAAAAACGGAUAUAAAAUCGCGUUUAAGUGGCGUUCAGUCAAAAAAACGGCUCAGGUUUUAGUUCUGAGGCGGCUAGCAGCAGUGCUGUUGUUUUAGCUUUUCCUGCUGGAACUGUGUGUUUGUCUGUGUCUGUGUGUGUGUGUGUGGCAGCCGGUGAAAUGACUGUGUGCUCGCAUGGGUGCUUUCUUUGUUCUGUUUAAGGGAAGUUUAGCUCUCAUUAUCUGAUAAAGCUUUUGCCAGGAGUCGAAAAAACUUCCACCCUUGACUUGUUAGCUGUUUGUGAACAGCCCUGGUGCUAACUGGCUAGCUGGAAGUUUGUGAAGGAGGAGGGGAAGAAGGAGGAUGACUGUGGCGGUGUUUUUCGGCUGUGCUUUUAUAGCAUUUGGCCCUGCGUUCGCGCUGUUUAUUUUUACCAUCGCCAGAGAUCCACUGCGAGUCAUCAUCCUGAUCGCAGGGGCUUUCUUCUGGCUUCUGUCCCUCCUGUUAUCCUCUCUGGUUUGGUUCAUUGCGGUGAAAGCUAGCAGUGCAGAAGAUGUCAAGUUACAAAAGGGUCUGCUGAUAUUCGGGGUCGUCUUCUCAGUCCUCCUUCAGGAAGUUUUCAGAUUUACCUACUACAGACUGCUCAGGAAGGCUACCGAAGGCCUGGCAGCGAUUAGUGAUGAAGAAACUUCACCCAUUUCCGUCCGGCAAAUGGCUUAUGUGGCAGGGCUCGGCUUUGGGAUAAUGAGCGGCGCUUUCUCUAUGAUCAACAUCCUGUCUGACUCUCUGGGCCCAGGUACUGUGGGCAUCUUUGGAGACUCUCAGUACUAUUUUAUCACCUCAGCUCUGAUGACUCUGGCCAUGACGUUGCUGCACACGUUCUGGGGUGUGGUGUUCUUCGAGGGCUGUGAGAAGAGCCGCUGGUGGGUCAUCGUUGUGGUGGUGUGUCUCCAUCUGCUGGUCUCCAGUCUGUCUCUGAUGAACCCGCUGUACGAAGGUAGCCUGCCUCCUGUGUAUGUUGUAACAGCAGUCAUGGCUGUGUGGGCGUUCUUCUCUUCAGGAGGGUCUCUGAACAACCUCUCAAAGCUCUGCACACGUAAGAGGACCGAGGUAGCGUCUUCGUAAGAAAGCCAUGCCCUGACCUCACCGCGUGACUCAGGCAGUUUGUUGGGAAGCUGCAUUCACUGCUCGGAGUAAACGAAGCAGCCGGAGAAAGAACAGCAGUAGCAGCGGCCAUCAGUUCUGAUGAUGCUCCCGGGGCUGAACUCAAACCCCCACCAACAGGGCUGCCUUACGGAUUAUAGGACUCUCAGAUCAUGCUCAUUGUGUAAAUAGCUUGACAUCUUCUCACACGUCAGAAUCUAUGCUUUUAUUGAAUUACUUUGAUCACAAACAAGUAGUAUUUUACGUUUAACACAGUGUUGUUGUUGUUGUUUUUCUUUUUGUAAACCACAAGUCAUUUUUGUGUUUCUUUCUUAUUUUUUUCUGAUGAAAGUCUUAUGUAAAUAUUAAAAGUAAGUUGUUUUUUUUUAAAGAAAAAUUCGAGGUAGGAGAGUUGACCUGGGCCUGGACUGUGCCUCCUUUACAGUCUGGAUUUGUUCCAUGUAAAACUGUGGAUUGGGAAUUUUACCUUAAACCAAACCUAAAUACAAUAAAUGUAAUGUUCUGUCAAGCUUAAUAUGACGUUGCAAAAGAGGUUUAACACUUUGUCAGUAUUUAAUUCCCAAAGUUGUUACCACAACGACUGUUUUGGCUGCUGCUAAUGUGUUUUGCAUUUGCGCUGCAGUAAACUAAAUACAUUAAGCCAUGAUUGAUGGUUUGGGUAUAAUGUGUCAAUCAGCAACCGGACCAUAAAAGCUGCCACCUGGGUUUGUUGAAUCCUAAGGAAUCCAGACUUUAAAGCUGCAGCAAAUCCAUUGCUCUGACACAGUCUUUUUCCAGGCAAAUGUCCCCAGCUAAUGCGUCCCCUUAACAGUUCAGCUCCCGCCACAGUGGAUAAGCAAUUUGCAAUUUUUUUCAUUUCAAACAUAUCACACUCGUUGAUUCAGUGAGACCUUGCAGCACAUUUUGGAUUCCCCCCCAAAUGCUUCAUGGAUAGAAACCCUCUGUCUCACGAGUUCCACAUUGGGGCAAACGUAUGCAAUGUGAAUGUUCAAAGUCCACUGGCAAAUAUAUUGACUCAUCUACUGUGUAUAUAUACUAAUUAUGCAGAAUUCGCUUUGUAAUCAGUGUUUCUUGCGUUAAUUCUUUGAAACCCGUCACUACAUGUUCCUCAGCUUUUACAUGCUCAGUUAACAAGUCCAUCUAGAUCACUGUCCACUAGAAGUCAGGAACACCGGUCCUCCUUCUUAAUGUAGCAGCGAUGUCACAUGCAUCCUUUCAUUAUUUUUCCUUUCUCUCUCUCUCUGGUUUCUCUACUAACAGACUGUUGAAGGCUUCAUUUUUAAAAUCUCUCAAACUCUAUCUUGUGCAACUGGGUGCAAACAUGUCCCCGUAGACAACAAGCAAUACAACAGCUCUAUCUUGCGUUCGGUUCUGCCGCUUCAAACCCUGGUGCUGGCUUGUGUUAUUUUAGGAGACGUAAGUUGAGUGUUUCCAUUUCCGUGAAACGUUCACUCUGUCAUGGAUGAACAAGUGCUUUCUUUUUACGCCCAUAUGGUUAUUUAACCAACAUAAUGCUGCUUUGCUCUAAGUGAGAUUAUUUGUUUGACUUUUUGCUGGUUUUGACUUGCCUUUCAAAAGAACAGUUUCCAGACCAGCACACUGAUAACACACAUCCAUAAACACAUCUGUCAUGGCUUUAAUAUAAAUCUCUGCUAUGUAAACAAUUUUUCCCCCUAGCAGUACUGUUCGUUUUGGUACGUUACGGGCCUAAGUCGGUGUGUUAUCGGUUGAUUUAAAAAAAAAAAAAAAAAAAAAUCCUGUUUAAUUUUGACACAGUCAUUUUGUAUGUAGCUAACUGGUGCCGCAUCAUACAACAGUAAAACCUUUCGUCUCAGGACUCACUGUGUGAAUAAGAACAAGCAAACUGACGUUCUGGACUAGUCCAAGGCAGCUUCACCUUUCUGAGGCACGACUGGAUUUUAACAGCUACCUAGAACAUAUCAUCUCUCUGGGCAUUUCUCUGUCCUAAAUAAAAAGCCACCUUCAGUA